AUGAAGCGAGAUGUACUCGCUCUGCGGCUGGAGAUUCUUGGACCACGGCAUCCAGACACCAUUCAAGCAAUGAACAACCUUGCAACGACCUUGCACUCCCGUGAUGUACUCGCUCUGCGGCUGGAGAUUCUUGGACCACGGCAUCCAGACACCAUUUCUGCAAUGGGAAACCUUGCAGCCACCUUGCACUCCCGUGGUCAGCUGGACGAGGCAGAAAAGAUGGACCGAGAGGUACUCGCUCUACAGCUGGAGAUUCUUGGACCACGUCAUCCAGACACCAUUUCUGCAAUGGGAAACCUUGCAGCCACCUUGGACUCCCGUGGUCAGCUGGACGAGGCAGAAAAGAUGGAGCGAGAUGUACUCGCUCUGCAGCUGGAGAUUCUUGGACCACGUCAUUCAGACACCAUUUUGUCAAUGAACAACCUUGCAACCACCUUGCACUCCCGUGGUCAGCUGGACGAGGCAGAAAAGAUGAAGCGAGAGGUACUCGCUCUACAGCUGGAGAUUCUUGGACCACGUCAUCCAGACACCAUUUCUGCAAUGGGAAACCUUGCAACCACCUUGCACUCCCGUGGUCAGCUGGACGAGGCAGAAAAGAUGAAGCGAGAUGUACUCGCUCUGCAGCUGGAGAUUCUUGGACCACGGCAUCCAGACACCAUUUCUGCAAUGGGAAACCUUGCAGCCACCUUGCACUCCCGUGGUCAGCUGGACGAGGCAGAAAAGAUGAAGCGAGAUGUACUCGCUCUGCGGCUGGAGAUUCUUGGACCACGUCAUUCAGACACCAUUUCUGCAAUGGGAAACCUUGCAACCACCUUGCACUCCCGUGGUCAGCUGGACGAGGCAGAAAAGAUGGACCGAGAGGUACUCGCUCUGCGGCUGGAGAUUCUUGGACCACGGCAUCCAGACACCAUUUCUGCAAUGGGAAACCUUGCAGCCACCUUGCACUCCCGUGGUCAGUUGGACGAGGCAGAAAAGAUGGAGCGAGAUGUACUCGCUCUGCAGCUGGAGAUUCUUGGACCACGUCAUCCAGACACCAUUUUUGCAAUGGGAAACCUUGCAGCCACCUUGCACUCCCGUGGUCAGUUGGACGAGGCAGAAAAGAUGAAGCGAGAUGUACUCGCUCUGCGGCUGGAGAUUCUUGGACCACGUCAUCCAGACACCAUUCGAGCAAUGAACAACCUUGCAACGACCUUGCACUCCCGUGGUCAGUUGGACGAGGCAGAAAAGAUGAAGCGAGAGGUACUCGCUCUGCAGCUGGAGAUUCUUGGACCACGGCAUCCAGGCACCAUUUCUGCGAUGACCAAACUUGCCAACACUCUAUAUCAACGUGAUCGACUGGAAGAAGCAGAGAAAAUAGAGCGAGAGAUCCUUUCUCUGCGCCAUGAGAUUCUUGGAAAACGUCAUCCAGAAUCGCUCAAUGCCUCCUAUAGCCUCUGUAAGACAUUAUGCAAGGGCGGCCAACUUGAAGAGGCUGCCACGCUCUUACAAGAGACCAUAGGAAUAUGCAUUGAAGAAUUUGGGAAAGAUGACCGUCGUACCUUGAAGUACAAGGAGUUUCUCAAGCUUAUUGUGCCCAACCAACCUGAGCGUCGACGCUCAAAGAGCUGCCAGCGCAGGUUGAACCCUGCCGCCAUCUCCGGAACAGCCAUGGGGCUCCUCGACAUUCUCCUUCAAGUCUUCCAGCUUCUUUGUGGCUCUCAAAAUCCCGCAAAACAGGAAUCCCAGGCUCCAAACGCUGGAUAUCCAGGAGCUCAGCAACCCUCGGCCCCACAACACGCCCAACAGCCCACAUACCAACCACCAGCGCACCCAAAACCACCUCAGCAAUACCAACAGAAGCCUACAAAGUCACAUAAGAACAACCUUGCAACGACCUUGCACUCCCGUGGUCAGUUGGACGAGGCAGAAAAGAUGAAGCGAGAGGUACUCGCUCUGCAGCUGGAGAUUCUUGGACCACGUCAUUCAGGCACCAUUCAAGCAAUGAACAACCUUGCAACGACCUUGCACUCCCGUGGUCAGUUGGACGAGGCAGAAAAGAUGAAGCGAGAGGUACUCGCUCUGUGGCUGGAGAUCCUUGGACCACAGCAUCCAGACACCAUUUCUGCAAUGGGAAACCUUGCAGCCACCUUGCACUCCCGUGGUCAGUUGGACGAGGCAGAAAAGAUUCUGCGAGAGGUACUCGCUCUGCGGCUGGAGAUCCUUGGACCACGCCAUCCAGACACCAUUUUGUCAAUGAACAACCUUGCGACCACCUUGCACUCCCGUGGUCAGCUGGACGAGGCAGAAAAGAUGAAGCGAGAUGUACUCGCUCUGCGGCUGGAGAUUCUUGGACCACGGCAUCCAGACACCAUUUCUGCAAUGGGAAACCUUGCAACGACCUUGCACUCCCGUGGUCAGUUGGACGAGGCAGAAAAGAUGGACCAAGAAGUACUCGCUCUGCGGCUGGAGAUCCUUGGACCACGCCAUCCACACACCAUUCAAGCAAUGACUAAUCUUGCUGCCACUUUAUAUCAACAUAACCGACUGCAAGAAGCAGAGAAAAUAGAGCAAGAAAUCCUUUCUCUGCGCCAUGAGAUUCUUGGACAACGUCAUCCGGAAUCUCUCGACGCUUCUUUCUUAUAA